AUGUCAAAGCAACCUUUAAAUCUUUUCGACAUGUUGAACAACGACAAUAAUUCUAAUGGAUCAACAAACCCUUCUUCGACUCUUGAUGUUUUAUCAAGAGUACAAGCUUUUCUACCACAGAUCCAACAAGCAAACCAGCAGUUACUGACAAAAGACACCUCAGAACUAAAUAUUGAAAAUGUCAACGAAGACGAAGAACAAUAUAUAGAAAUGAAUCUGGGCUUAGGAGUCUAUGAUUUGACGAAUAAAGACGAUGGAUCUGAUAACGAAGAAGAACAAGAGGAAUCAAUAAAAUUACCAACUGAUACUGGAUGUGAUAAAAAGCCAACAAUUCAAGUUUUAAAUAAAGACGACUCAGAUAGCGAUUCUGACAGCAGUAAAGAAGACAGUGACGACGAAUAA